AUGCCCUCUGCAAAUACCUCCAGACACCUCCGCAUAGGAGUCGACGUCGGCGGCACCAACACAGACGGCGUCAUUCUUGAUCCCCUCCAGGGGUCGUCUCCGGGCAAAGGCAUCCUAGCAUGGCACAAGGCUCCCACAACGACAAAUCCAAGCAUUGGAAUCAACGAUGCAAUCACUGCCAUGUUCAAAUCCGCUGCCAUCAGCCCGUCCGAAGUUGAGAGUGUAACCAUUGGCACUACUCAUUUCGUCAAUGCUGUUGUUGAACGUGAUGCUUCACGACUGUCUACCGUGGCGGUUAUCCGACUCUGUGGACCUUUUUCAAAGCAUGCUCCCCCUUGCGUGGAUUGGCCGGAUGAUAUGAGGCAAAUGAUUCUGGGCCACUAUGCAUUGCUCAAAGGCGGCUUGGAGGUGGACGGAAACCUCAUCUCAGAUAUUGAUACGCGAGAGAUUAAAGAGCAGUGUGCCAUUAUUCGCGAUAAGGGUAUCAGAAAUGUUGUAGUCAAUGGAGUGUUCAGCCCCAUAGACACUAUAGAAAAACAAGAGGAACGAGCUGCGGACAUUAUCAAAGCAGAAUUGCCCGAGUGCGAUGUUCUUUGUUCCAAAGACAUCGCUAAUCUAGGAUUCUUGGAGCGUGAGAAUGCGGCCAUUCUGAACGCUUCUAUCCUUUCUUUCGCUAGGAAAACCAUCAGGUCUUUUCAAGAGCCAAUCAAACGCCUCGGCUUACACUGUCCCGUUUUCAUCACCCAGAAUGACGGUACUGUCUUAUCAGGGGACAUGGCAGCGAAGUUACCCAUCAGAACCUUUUCAAGUGGCCCAACAAACAGCAUGAGGGGUGCGGCAUUCCUUGCACAGGGCGAGAUAUCCGAAGCAGUCAUGGUCGUUGACAUUGGGGGCACAACGACAGAUGUUGGGCUGCUGUAUGCAAAUGGGUUUCCUCGGCAGCAGGCUGCUUACAGCGAUCUGGCGGGCAUCAGAGUCAACUUUUCCUGUCCGGAUAUCAAGAGCAUCGGUCUUGGAGGAGGAUCGAUUGUCAGAACUGACAACGGCCUAACUGUCGGACCAGACAGUGUUGGGCAUAAGCUUCAGCAAGAGUCGGUUGUUUUCGGUGGCAAAAUCAUCACCGCGACUGACUGUAUAGUGCAAGCGAAUCCUGAUUUAAGCAUAGGCAAUACAGACCUUGUGAGAGCUGUACUUACUGAUGAACAGCUGAACCUUUUCAAGGCCGCCCUCAAAGACAAGAUUGAGAAGGCAAUUGACAAGAUGAAAACUUCUCCGGAAGACAUCCCAGUGCUGCUUGUUGGCGGUGGAGCUAUACUGUCGCCUAAUGAGCUCAAAGGUGCGAGCCGAGUGAUCAAGCCGGAAUGGUCGCAAGUUGCAAACGCAAUCGGAGCAGCAAUGGCAAGAGUCAGUGCAGUUGUGGAUACUGUCAAAUCCACCGAGUCCAAAACCAGCGCUCAGUUGCUGGAAGAGAUUGGCCAAGAAGCAAUUGCAAAGACUAUAUCUGCUGGGGCGUCUCCUGCGUCCGUGGAGAUUGUCGAAAAAGAGACCCUCCCACUCCAAUACAUUGCUCAUAAAACAAGAUUCAUCGUCCGUGCAGCGGGGGAUUUCGAUUUGGGGAGCGUCCAAGUCCACGCCGCUCCAGAAGCGGAUGACGAGAAAAAUGAUACUGAUAUGAGCCAAUAUGAGAAGCUAUCAAAGCGACCAGAAUCCACAUCUAAAGAGCAAAUAGACAAGGAUAUCGACAUUACUUUAUAUAAACCAACAGUCAAAAAUCGCGUUUGGUAUAUAUCGGAAACGGACGCUGAUUGGAUUGCCACCGGCUGCUACAUCCUUGGAACGGGCGGUGGAGGAUCCCCUUAUUCCCAUCUAGUGCGUCUAAAGCAAGAGCUCCGUAAGGGUGCAAUUGUGAGGGUUAUAAACCCACAUGAUCUUGCCGACGACGAUCAGAUUGGUUGUGGAGGAGGUGUGGGCAGUCCUACAGUCGGAAUCGAGAAGCUGCCUGCCGACGAGCUAUUGGAAGCUCAACAAGAAUUAUUCAAGGUCUGUCCUAACCCUGCCACUCACAUGAUCUCCAUCGAAAUUGGAGGUGGCAACGGCCUCCAAGCGAUGAUAUUGGGCGCCAGCACGAAUAUGGAUCUACCAGCUGUGGAUGGCGACUGGAUGGGACGGGCUUAUCCAACAAAAUGGCAGACAACCCCUGUUGUUUUUAAUGAAAGGUCUCCUAUCUGGUCUCCCAUCGCCAUGUCUGAUGGCAAUGGUAAUGUCGUUGUCAUGCCGAAAGCGACCUCUGACCUUGCUGUUGAGCGCAUUCUGCGAGCGGCUCUGACACAGAUGGGAUCACACACAGGUUGUGCUGAGUCCCCGGUGACAGGAGCAGAAACGAAGCGAUGGGUAGUAGAGCACACUAUUUCUCAAGCUUGGAGAAUCGGACGCGGCGUUGCUCGUGCUCGGAAGGAGAAUAGAGUCGACAACGUAGCCGAGUCCAUCAUUGAGGAAUGCGGCGGAAAAGCAGCUGGUAAAGUGCUCUGGAAGGGUAAGAUUGUCGGUGUUGAGAGGACACUGAGAGGAGGAUAUGUCUAUGGCGAAUGCUUCAUCGAAGGAGUUGAUGUACGACAAGACAGCGACGGCUUACAGCAAGAUGUCACCAACCCAUCGUCGUUCCGGGGGACCAUCAAGAUCCCUUUUAAGAACGAAAACAUUGCAGCUCUCAAAGUCCGAGAUGAUGGGAAAGAAGAGCAACAGGAGGACGUCCUAGCCAUUGCCCCAGACUUGAUCACCGUGAUUGAUGCACAGAGCGGUGAAGCUAUCGGCACUCCAGAGUACAGGUAUGGGCUACUAGUAGUAGUGCUGGGGCUGGCCGCCAGUGAUAAAUGGACGGGAAGCCAGAGAGGAAUCGAACUUGGCGGGCCAGUGGGAUUCGGGAUAGACCACCUGAAAUUUACUCCGCUGGGAGCGUUUGUCAAGCCGAGGAGCGUUAUUGACGAGUUUGAUGGCAUUGUUGAAUAG